AUCUAACUUUCAUCUUUUUUUUAAGUUAAUUUAUUUUAAAAUUUUAAUGAUUUUCUUAUAUAAAUAAUUAAAUUCGAGCAGAAACUUUUCUAAAGAGAUGAUCUACAAAUAUUUAGUCCUUUUCCUAUUAGUUGGGUAUGUUGCGAGCAAUAUGUUCGAGGACACUAAUGCUCCAGUGUUAUUAGAAGUUGUUAAUGCUAAUUGGAAAGUCGCGAUCGAUAUGUACAAGCAAUUAUUGAAAAGCGAUCCCAGAGAGGGUUUAUUUUUUUCUCCUUAUUCCAUCACCUUGAAUCUACUAGGCCUGCAUAUGGGUGCCAAUGGAGGCACGGCUAACGCUAUUAGAAGUACACUGGGUUUGGCUGCAGUUACAAAAGAUCAUAUAAAUUCCCAAUCCUUGAUUUACAUCGAUGUCGUUUUCCAAAAAAAUUACGAACUUUUAUCUUCCAAAUUUUUUUAUUUCGACGAUUCGAUAAAGCUGCUAAAGCCUUACACGGAUGGCGUACGAGUAUUUUUUCUGCAAGCCGUUAAUAUAGAAUUUUCAGACACCGUAGCGGCUGCCGCCAAAAUAAACCAAAAUGUGAGUAAAGAUACAAAUGGUAAAAUGUCCCACCAUAUACCGGAUGGCUUGCUUACGUCCGAUACUAAAUUUUUGAUCAGCAGCGCUCUUGAUUUUAAAGGUAAAUGGGAGGUACAAUUUGAUUCCGUUACCCAAGGUCAGUUUAAGACUGUAGACGGAGAGUUUAAACCUCAAACGUAUAUGGAAAAGACCGGUGUAUUUAAAAUAGGUUCCAUCCCGAAUUUAUCCCUCAGAAUAUUGGAAGUGCCUUAUUUUAACAAUACUCUCGCUAAAUAUAUAUUCUUACCUAAUUGCCGCGUCGGUCUAACGGCCUUCGAAACCUCUCGCUUAGAUACGACAACCUUAAAAGACUUAAUCGCUGCCCUAAAACCUAUGAACGCUAGGAUCUCAAUACCCAGGUUCGACGCUUCAUCUCACGACCAACUCAGAUCGGAUUUUGAGGACAUUGGUCUGGCCAAUCUAUUUACACCGGGGGAGGCCGAUUUUUCGGGAAUAGAUUCAAAUGCUAUAGCCGGUAAAUUGGCCCUAAAUUAUUAUGUCCAACAAGCUAGUGUAAGUUUCGGGGUGGAGGGAGCGAAUUCCCCGUCUAAAGAAACUCCUGUAAACCCUGGAACCACUGAAGAAUUCAAAGCAGAUCAUUCAUUUCUUUACGUCAUUAUUGGUAAAAAGAAAAACGUUCCCUUCUUUAUUGGCAGGUACAAUGGAUAAAAUAAUCUGACAAAGCAACCUGAUCUUAUAAUUCAAAGGAAUAUGGGUGUCAUCUUACCACCAAUGCAAAUUACAAUUAUUUUUUUUUUUUAAUUUUUUUAUUAGAUAAAUAUAAUAUAUUUUUAAAUACCCAUGUAGACAUAAAUUAAUAACAAAUAAAACCCAAUAAAAAAAAGAGUUUAUUUUU